GCAUACACCGCUCGACCAGGGGGGUGAGAGGAUAUAGUGAAGCGACGAGCAUGAUGUAAACAUGGAAUAGAAGAGCGCAAGAAGAAGCGAUUUUUUUUUCAUCCCCCCCCACCACCUCCUCCUUUCCUUCGCUCGCUCCAUUAUCGGUGUUCAAUAUUACAUGAGCUGCCCGGGCUCCUCCGUCUGGACACCGAGCGGCGGCGUGAGAAAUUGAAGAGGGGAAAGAGGAGUUGAGCAUUGUCUUCUUCUUCUUCUUCUUCUUCUUCUUCUUCUUCUUCUUCUUCUUCUUCUUCUUCUUCUUCUUCUUCUCCCUGGAGUUGCGCCGAGAACACAAUGUUUGGGUUUGCGAGCUAGCCGACAAAAGACAAAAGAGGGAGACUCUCCUCCUCCUCCUCCUGGACUCGAGGGGUGACAAAAGGAAAGAAGAAAGGAGCUGAAUAUGUUGCGUUUCUGAGGUUGAUACGUUUCAAUGGGUGAGGCCCACUGACUCAGUUGUCCCUACACGUCCCCUCCGCCUCCGCGCCCCUCCUGAACGUCGCCAACAUGACUUCCACCAGCCAACUUCUGGGUUUGGCUGAGGCGGACCUGAAGUGUGACCAGGAGAUCGAGAGGAGAUACGAGAUCGUGCCCUCGGUGGUCUGCUCCAUGUGCUGCCUCUUUGGAAUCAUCUACUGCUUCUUUGGCUAUCGAUGCUUCAAGGCCGUAUUGUUCCUCACAGGCCUGAUGUUUGGCUCUGUGGUUAUCUUCAUGCUGUGCUACAAGGAGAGAGUGAUGGACACUCAGCUGAGCGUCGAGGCAUCAGUGGGCAUCGGCCUCGGCAUCGGGACCCUGUGUGGCCUGGUGACCAUGUUGGUCCGCAGCGUGGGACUGUUUAUGGUGGGCCUGCUGCUGGGCCUGCUGGUCGGAGUGGCUUCACUGGUGGUUAUGGAAGAGUUCUACCACCCCAGAACCGUGUGGGUUCCCCUUGGUAUUCUCCUGGGCUCUGGGACGUUAUUUGCCGUCCUCACCCUUCAGUGGCAGCGCUGCUUCGUCACCUUGUCCACCGCCACUUUCGGCUCUGCCAUCAUCACUGUCACCGUGGAUUACUUUAUAGAGCUGUUCGCCUUGGUCCACUACGUCUACGAGAGACUCAGGGUGGCGCCUAAGAAACCAGUGUGUUGGUUUACUUGGGUCAUCAUGGGAGUGUGGCCGGUGCUGGCCCUCCUUGGAGUGCUGAUCCAGUGGAAAGUCACUGCAGAGGGAUUUUCUCACACAGAGGUGGUUUUGAGCCGACAACAGCGGAGGGUCCAACUCAUGCGCAUCCGCCAGCGGGAAGAGAGGCUGAAAAAGGAGAAGGAGAACAAGAAGAAGAAAAAGCGACAGAACCAGAAGACCAGCCACAAGCAGAAACCCCACACCCAUCACCACCACCACCCGCAGUACCAUCACCCGGCGGCGUCCCACCCUCACCACCAAGCCCAGAGCGCCCAGCCGCCUAAAGUCCCUCCUCCUCAGACUGAACCCGGCUACCACCGCAAGUCCAACCCAAAAAGACGCUUUGAUGGAGAUGUGCUGUCACCGAGCUACAUCAGGAGUUUCAGGGACCGGCAAACCGACAGACGAUCCUACUCCCAAAGUCGAAUGAUGAGCCGCACCCGGAUGGGCGAACUCGACUACGACUGCGGCUCUCAAGUGCCCCUCACGGCCCAGAGUGGAGCCCCAGUUCGCAUCUAAGACAGCAAAAACGCACAUCCAGCCACACACAACGCAAUCACACAAGGCUACUUCAAACCCUGUUUGUCACAGUAAGGGAUGGAGACUCAAACGAACAGUGCCAACCUAAUCAACUGCCUAUUAACCAAACAGGAACACAGUAUGCCUCGAAGGUGGUCCCACUCUGGUUCCCUGCUGUCAGACCUGUUCGAUGUCGUAUUUAUUCGGCCGGUUUGGUCCUGUUCUGUCCUUUAUGAAUGUCAAGAGACAAGAGCAGAGCCUCUUCUUCGGGACGGAGCAAGAACUGAGUGCUGUUGAAGGCGAUGUGGUCAAAUCAUCAUGAAUCAUUAGGUACUGAACUACUUCUGUUACCAUUCUUGUCUGGAGCACACUGGAAAAGAUGGACCUUUCUGUUUGGACGCUAACUGAAAUAUCUCUGCUGAAAAUUUGAUAUAAAAAUCUUUUUUGUGGGGGCUGCUUCGAGACAGAAAAUGUAAUUCCAGCGGGAUUUGCAGUGGGGGAAACAAUGAAAACACUAAUUUCUCCGCAGGAGGGCUGCACCAUUCCAGAUAAAAACGCAUCACGUGGAUUUCAUGGAUUCAACAGUAUCUGUGCUUAGAAGGUAAUUAAAGGAGAUAACGAUUCGCUGCAAGGAUCCUAGUAAGACAACUCAAAGGAAAAUGAUAGAAAAUUAAAUCAGCAUAAAAAAACACAGAGAACCAACAGUGAAACCCGAGAGGCAGCUCUUCUUCAUCACUUUCCUGUCUGAAAGGUCAGCGCGUGAAGCGAGGUGUUCAUGAGGUCAUCCUGGUAUCUUCAGCCUGCGCAUCCAAACACGGCAGCACAAGUCUUCAAAAUGGACAGCAGAGACUGGUUGGAGGCGUGUACAGGACAAUUUGUAUGUGAGCGGUCCGUGUGUCGUCGCCUGCGUUGUUGUUGUUUACCGGGGGAACGUGCUCACAUCGCAUCGCUUUGCUUUCGCCCUCAGUCGACAACUGCUUAAACCGCGGACCUGAGCAGGAGACACAUCCACACCUCUUUUGUCUUUCUACUGAAUUAAAAACAAAACAUUUUUGUAACCUGUAUGUAACGUGCUCUCAUGUCCCGUUUUCCUCUUCUUAUCACAAAAACAAUCUACCUUUGAAGAAUUUGUUUAAAUAUGCUGUUAAGACAUAAAGGCAAGAAACCGCUGUCUGACACUGCCCCUCCAGUUGAAAGCUGUUUUAGCGAGUAGCGGGGGGGGGACAAUACGUGACAGUGAAAAUGUUAAAUAUAGUGUGUUUGUGCCUGUGAGUGGACACAUGAGCCCUGUGGCCAGUGAUGGGAUUGUACCAAAUACUGGUGAAGGAGGGGAAUCAUGGUAAUGUAUGCAGAACAUGCUGUGUGUUUUUUCCCCUCUUUUGAGCCACUAUACUGGUUAAAAAUGUGAAUAUUUCAGUUUGAAUGAGGUGUUAAAUGACGAAAAAAGGAGGAUUCUUAAAAUGAAGGAAACCUCCUGGAAAUGAUGCGAUGCGGUGGAAAGAUGAAUUUGUGAAUGGCGCCCUCUAAUGUUUACCAAUGGACCUCUUUUUUUCUAGACUUACUGUUCGUGUGCAUACGUUUUGUGUGUACAUGCAUUUGCGUGUGAUUUUUGCUUUUAAAAUUCAAAUGUGCUCCGAUUAUAGAUAUCAUUGUACUGAACAUCCAGAGAGCUGAAGGAGUCGGAUUACAAGGGGAAGUACUUUUCAGUGCAAAGGGGCAAUUUUUGUUUUAUUUGAACCUCUUACACCAACACUUGAAUCUAAAUGCUACUAUAAAGAGCCACAUAUAUACAAAACUGAAAUGAAAUGUAUUAGAGUUAAUCAGAUAACGGCCGCUAGAGGUGCAUUUUAUUUAAUUACCUUGAGGUUUAGAUAAACAAAUAUAUUCCUCAGUACUGAUGGGAUGUGAUGGGCUUGGCGCUGAAGGAUCAUUCUCUCCGUAACCCAUUACUGCAUGAGAAUCCGUGUGUAACCGUUUCCAAUGUGUCAGUGUUUCAGUGUGUCACUGUUGUCAUGUGAAAAAACCUCAGAUUUCCAGUAGUUCACUGAUCCCAACACACCGUCCACGUUAACCGAACCCAGCAGAAGUUGUGGAACGACGACGAUCUGAGGCGCGAUGCGUUUCAGUGUCGACGUUAUGCAGGAAAACAACAUCAUGAUCUCGUAGUUUUUCAGUAAAUUUGAGGAUCACCUGUGACCUGUUUUGUCGCGACAAAUAGGCACAGCUAAAGAAUUCUGGGAUCCAAAGCGGAAGUGGCAGAAACGCCUCGUCUGUUUCUCUCUUCUCUCUCUCUCUCUGUUUACACUGUCCAGGUUAAAGGGCUCUGAAAAGGCAUUUGAAUCAUUUCCCUCCUCCCGACAUGCUCCGUGCUAAGUCACCUUCUGUUCUGCUGUACCAGUGUUACUCCAGUAAUGUUUCUGCAGUAGUGGCUGUUCAAGUGUAAUUCUGGGUUUUGCUCACACUUCAGUCCCGUUUUCGUCCUUCUUUUUGUAGUUUUAUCGUAGUGCACCUGUAUCAUCGUCGCUGUCUUUACGUCGUGGAAAGACGGAUAUUAACAACAUGAAAUUUCUGUGACCAACUGAACUAUUGUUAUAAGAUUUUUAAUCCUUUUUAUCAGCUCUUUUAGUUCUGCUUUUUAUCAUUUUCCCUCAUCGCCCAUCAUUGCUGAAUUUACGUUGGGGAAACACUACACAAUUGUAGAUAUUGAACUGUAAAUAGUUUUUAAGUGUACAAAAUGUUUUUGUUUUCAUUUUCAUGUUUACAUCAUUAUUGCUUAUGUAAUUUAUCCAGCUGAUUUUCUUUUUUUUUUUUUUUUAUGGAUUAGACCUGUUUUAUAUUGUGUCAUGCUGUGUGUCCGGUUGGUUUGGACGGGUGGGUGAUGCACUUGUUCCAACAAACUGAGCCUCGACAUCAGUCACUCAACAAUUCUCUCCCUCAGGAGAAGAUUCAUUUUCCUACCACUCCCUUUAAAAUUGUGCACAUUGCCUGGUUAUUAUUAUUAUUAUUAUUAUUAUUAUUAUUAUUAUUAUUAUUAUUAUUAUUAUUAUUAUUAUUGAGCAUGGAUUUAUAUGGACCUAAAAUAUGAUA